GACAGCGGAGGGCUGAAGUCAUCAGCCGGCAGGAGGGGAGUGAAUGGGUCCUGCACGCAAAGCAGAAAAGCGCUAAAGCUGCGGAGAUUCACUUUUUGUUCGGCCGCCGACAGCGAGCGCGCGAGUUGGUGUGUGUUGCGACAGCCAAAAGAACAACGCAACUUCCACUUGCAGCUUUCCUUCUGACACCGCUGUGGGUCUUGGUGGUGCUUUUUGCUUUUGUGCGCGCCAGCGGAUGCUGAGAUGAAGCAGAGACCCUCGCCGCGCCUGGUACAUAUAGGGUGUCCGCACACGCGCACCGGGGGACGCGCGGCGCAUCUCCACUGAGAGACACGUUCACAGGGGGGAGGAAGGUCAAUUUGGAGUUCCGCCCGUGGAUAUGUUAUCUCAAACUUUUUGAGUUCAUUCUAAGUCAUAAUUUAGUUCAUGUUCUUGACCUACGUGAAUGCGUGACUUUCCUUUCCUCUUGUGUGGGUAUUGGUUUUUUUUUACGAAGGGAUGUUCUUUAUCACAGCACGGAUACUAUAUCCUUGACUCACUCUGGCUUUCUUGGCACAUAUGAAGAUCCCAUCCAGGAUGUUUCAGUCUAAGCGGCCCAGGCAUCAUUGGGCCACCGUACACUACCAUCACCACAUAUCACCACAUAGUUGGGGGUCCUGCUGUGUCUAGGAAUUAUCUACCCGGCACACUCUGCUACCGUCUGGAGGGGAAGAAAAACGGAAUCCUACUCCAUAAGUGACUUGGUGAACAUUGACAUUGGCUUAACGAGUCUCAUCUCUGGGCUACUAUGCAAUUGCAACUGAUCUCCUUUGUUUUGAUCAUCUUGCAUGGCAUGGAUUACACUGGUUGUCAGCAGCACAGCAGCCCCAGGCUCCGGCAACAUAAACAGAUCUCUGGUGCGAGCUCAGGGUGCCAGCAGGGUGGCUGUCUGACCUGCUCUGACUACAAUGGCUGCCUGUCCUGCAAGCCGCGCUUCUUCAUGCAUUUGGAGCGGAUCGGGAUGAAGCAGAUUGGCGUGUGCAUGACUUCCUGUCCUCUGGGAUUUUAUGGCACACGCUCCCCGGAAAGAAACACCUGCACGAAGUGCAGGUCGGAGUGCGACUCCUGCUUCAACAAGAACUUCUGCACACGCUGCCGGGCAGGAUUCUACCUUCACCUUGGCAAGUGCCAGGAGAACUGCCCCGACGGGCUGGUCCGCAGCGACACGCAGAGGGAGUGCGUUCCCGGGUGCCCUGCAGAGUGCGAGGCAUGUGUGAACAGUGAGACAUGUGCACGGUGCCGGCCGGGCCUGUACCAGCUCAGUGGGAGGUGCCACCACGUCUGUCCGGAGGACUACGAGCCCAGUGACAAACUCAUGGAGUGCACGCCACAAGUGCACUGCGACGUGGGGGAGUGGAGCGAGUGGAGCCCCUGCUCUCGUUCCGGGAGAACCUGUGGGUUCAAGCGGGGCAAGGAGACCCGCACGCGGCAGGUACUCCAGCACCCGUCGCCCUUUGGCGAUCCCUGCGCCGACUUGUCAGAGUUCAAAGAGUGCCUGGUCAAGAGGAGGAAAUGUCCAGGAGGACGGAAGAAGAAUGAGCGAAGGGAACAGAGGAAUCGCAACAACCGCAAAGAUAAGGAGAACCAGGAGGGCCGACGGGAGAGGAAGAGAGAACGGGAGCAAGAGAGGGAGAGAGACACGGGUGAACGCGAAGACUUGGAUAACAGGAACAAAACCGAGCACAGACACCGCAGGGGUCACGACACAGACGCAGUCUCCCCCGAAGACAGCCUCGUGCAGUAGGGCCUCUACAAUCUCCGCUUGUUAUCCUCCCCUUCUUCCUUCCCUCCUAAAGACCCCCAUCGUCACCCACUGUUCACCCUCCUCAACCCCUCUUCUGCAGGGGUGUUGCUGCUACUUGUAUGAUUUGAACGAAAUGUUUAUGCACAAGCGGGAUAGGGCACAUUCAGCCAAAAGGCUAGGGCCACCACGGACUUACAAAAGCAGUCGUUUUUUUUAUUCUACCCUGUAGCUUCUCCCGUUUCACUUCCACCACUGAGAGAGUGGCUCUGACGAAGAGGGCAGGAAACACUGCUAGGUACUGAAGACCAAAGUGAGAAGCGUCUGUGCGGAGGACUGUCGUACAGACGGACAGCGCAGCAAAGACUGUGUGCGAUGAGCUUGUUGAUACGGAUAUUUAAUGGGGGGGCCCCGGAACGACGUCGCGCGUCUUGGUUUUUGAAUGUAGAUUUCGCAACAUCAUGUAAAACAAUUGUUUGUUAUUGUUGUUCCUGUUUCAUUAGAUCUCUUUGCUUUAUUUUAUUUGGUGCAGAAUUUGUAAAGAAAAAAUAAAAAGUGAGUUUGUUACUGCCACCUGUUGACAUCUUCAAAAUCACUAUGAGGGACAGAUGUGGGAGAAGCUGCAGUGAAUCAAAGCAGCGGGGUCGGAAGUGUUCUGUCUUGGUCAAAAACUAGUUCUAUCUAGAUAAGUGAGGACUCUUACCCAGCAUUGGUUUUUCUGUUGUGUAAAUGAAAACGGUGCUUUCCAUAAAGAUCCUCGGCUGAGAACCAAAAGCACCUGUAUGUCAAAUAAAACUAUAAUGGGUUUGUA